AAUUAAAAACAAUGGUUUAUAAAUUAAAGUAUUUUUUUUCAAGAUAUUUUAAUGUUUGCUGCAUGGUUAAAAAUACCGACGCUAUUCCUGAGAGGAAAAAAGGUAAGUCGCAUAGGCCUAUACAUUUUAUUAUUGCAUUCAGAAAUAAUGAUAAUAAAGUUAUCGGUAAAUGAAGUAAAAUGUUUACAAAUAGCUUAGCCUACAUAGCUUUGUUUAUAAUGUUUGUAAACAUAAAUUAUGAACAAAACUGUCCUAUUUCAUUUUACCUAUCCACUUAUGUACUCCACAACAAAACCUCUAAAGUUAACAGUUGGACUAUGCAGGCUAUAUAAACGUCAAGCCAAAACAAAUUAAAAAAAUCUCUUUUCUUUUUUAACGCCAUUCCAGCUUCCACUGCUAUAUUCAAGGCGAGAAACAGGUUUAUUUAUUGGAAAAAAAACUAUAUAAGAUGCAAAACGAAUUAAUUUAUUUAAAGUGAAUCUGUAGCCUACCUUUCUCAUUCGGCACGAAUCCAACUUUUUUAAUUUUCGAGACGAAUGAAUGCUAAACUAUUAUUUAUUAAAUGAGGUUUGUACUUCACUCGCAUUAUCGUUAAAUAUAAUCCUUCACAUAUAACAGCACAGUCAGGCGGUGGUCACGGGUGCUAAACAGCAGAUUGUAUUACAGAAUUGAAUUGAGCAGUGUAACGUUUGGUUGAUUGUAUUUUAUUUUAAUAUUUAACAGGCUGCGAUAUCAAGUAAGCAAUGCAAGAAUUAGUGUGAGCACGCAUGAGGCGCGGGCGCGACCACUGGAUUUGUUUUCCUUCUAUAAUACAGUAAACUGUCUCUAUAAUUUAUGGUCAUACAGGUAAAAGCAAGACAUCAUUCAUACAAUUACAAAAGACACUCAAAUAGUGAAAACAAGCAGAAUGUCUGUUUCCUUUCCUAGAUCUUUGGACUGCGCCACAAUGAACCACUUUCAUUUUGUUAAUCUGUAGACCUAAUUUUUUUAGCCUAUAGGCCUAAAUAUUCCCUUUUAUUUUAUAUGCGUUUUGUAGGUAGGCCUUGUUUUCUCCGUUCACAGAAGCGCUGCAGAUGCGUGACGUUGAAAAUUGUACUAUCCUGCAAUUUUCGCUGGUUUCAAAACGCACAACGAGCUGCAUAUUACUUGACAUUCAUUUUCACUUAAAUGUAGGCCUAAUACUAGACGGUUGGUGACAUAUAUCAUCGGAAAAAUGACUUGACAGCUGAGCCUGAACGUGUCAGCGCGGGCAUUUCACACGUUGGAUGCGUCAGCGUCACAUUUGCAUAGGCUGUACUAUUUGAAUUAGUGGUUGAUUUGGUUAACUGCCAAAUCAAAAUAUUAAAUGGAACGAUAAAAUAACGUUAUUAACCGGUUAAUGGCCAUUUCAAAUUAGCUUAGCAGAUUAAAUUUGAUUUCGUUUCCAUUUCUGGUUACGUUCCAGUCAAAAUUUCAUUCGUUUCCCGUUUUUCGUUUUCGUUCCUUGAACCGGUUCAGAGCCCUGACUGCCAGUGUUUAGUAUCAUUUUAUAUGCUAUUAUAGUAUUUAUUAAUAUUUUUUGAUUUGUAGUUUCAUUUUAAUUUUAGUUUCACGUUUUAGUAAUUUUAUGUGCUGUUGUUUUUUAAUUCACCACCACAAUGUUGUAAUAUUGUGGGUGGUCUUGAUACGCAGUUGCUAAAGUGUUUUACAUCUACUAUUUUUUUUUUUUUUUUUCAGCUUUAUUUCAACUACCGUAAACAACAUUUUUAAAAUUUGAUGGAGGAAAAAAAAAUAUGACCUCUUUAAACUGAGGCUUUCAAUUCCUUUAGAUAUCCUUCUAGCAUACAUAAUGUGUGUUAUUGUUGGAUGUGUGAUGGCAGUAAGGAAAAGAAAGGGUUACAGCAAUUAAUGAAUGUAAAUGGAGGGUAAUAAGUGAAGUGUGACCUGUUAAAUCCCAAUAAAGCAGUCCCAGCGGCCUCAGCUGAUUGCUUCAUUCCCUUCACACACAUGCACACAUGCACACAAUGAGCCUUUCACAUUCAUUUAAAUCUAAAAUAUUAAAGCUAUUUUUAAUAAAAGUAUAUGCAUGUUUGCUUCAGAUAAAUAAGUUUUACUAAUCCAGUUUCUUAACAUGAAUGAGUUUGGCCUAAUUAAGCAGAACCGCAGCAGGUGUUUAACUGGGUUCUGUCCUUACGCCCCACUUCCCGGUUCCCUGCUGCUUCUGCUUGAUCUUUGAUGUGAUGUACACUGUCAUCUGUAAUUGGGUAUUCUCAUGAGCCUGCCAACUGUGGUCAACAACUUACUUUCACUGAAAAAACUGCCCAGUGGACUUUUUUGUUGUUUAAUCAGUGCCAUUGCAUAUUCAUCCUGUUAUUUGUUGAUGUUUUGUAGUUCCAGGUGUGCCCACUUCUAAGAGCUAAUGUAUGGAAUAAAAUUAGGGAUGCACCGAUGCAUCUGCUAAUAAUCGGUAUCAUCUGAUAAAAGCAAUUAUUUUUACUAUCAUCCAUCAGCCAACUAUAUAAAAACAGCCGAAUAUCCUGUCAAAGGGGGUUGGAAAACAUGUCAGCUUAAACUCAUACUGUGCGUGAUGAAAAAAAAUCGUGUUGAAUUUAGGCCAAGUUAACACGACAAUAACAAUAAAAAAAUAUGCUCUUAGAUGUGACAUGACAGAUAGCUGUAGCACCUCAGUUUAAGCAGCAGCACAGAGCGCAUGUCUUUUCUUCCAGUUUUAUACAAGUUAUAGAACGAAAAACAUGCAUGAACAUCAAAAGGUAUGUUGAAAGAUACAUACAACUAACCGAAAUGUAUCAUGUCUCAUGUAAUCGCUCAAUCAGUGUUUCUACCACGGAAAGACAUCAAUAAUAUUGCUUGUGAACUGUCACUAAACCUUACAUUUACCUCAGGAAAGUUAUCCAGUGUUUACAGUUCAUUAGUUAUCUAUAAAAAAUAAUAGACAGGAGCUUAUUUAACCUAUACUGGAAACCCUCUCAUUUAGUACAAUACUGUAAUACUCAAGGUUAAAAUUAACAACAGUGCCCAAACUACUAUAUUCAACUGCUUUAUUUCCAGAUAAUUACACUCAAAUAAAAACUGGCAGCCAUGAGAGCAUAAGCAAAGUCCAUUUCAAGGAAAGUCUGUUCACUCAGCAGCCAUAUUUGCAAUGCCAUCGGGCAGCUAUUUCUAUUUGAAUGGGGGGAUCCUGAAAUUUCACAAACUGCUGGGCGAACUCGCAAUUAAAUAACAUAUUUCAAAUCAGCAACAUCUGUCCUAUAAAUGUUGUUUCUUAUGCUCAAAUAGCAUUAAAAAGGCUUAAUUUUCAGGCUAGAUGAGCCAAUGCGCAUAUGCAGUCCUAAGCGCGAGUUUCAGGUUUCUAUGGUAACCAGAGCCUCUAACGGCAGCUGCAGUGAUGCAAUGACUUUAUCUGUCAGCGAUUGGCUCUUUUACUUAGACAGGACUUAUUCCGCCAUAUUGUGCGUUGCAGUUUCUCCCAUUCAUAACUAAUAGGAGUGAACUGUCUUUCUAUAUACUAGUCUUUGGUGUAAGUGAAUUGGUUUAUUUCCCUGUAAAUCAGUGGGACUUGUGAUAUGGAAUACAACUUUUGCAGAUCCUAUUACUUUUGUUGGUGCCCUCUUAUUUGAAAAUACAUUUCAAAGUAAUGUGAUUUAUCAAAAUAUGAUAUACAUGCAAUGCCUGACUAGUAAUGUUUUUAUGUUUUUAUUUAUCAUCCCAUUUUUCAUGAAGCAAGUGUUAAUUUAACACCAUGUCUACAUAUUUUUAGCCAUUUCAUACAUAUCUGCUAGGGCUUUGAAUAAUAUAUCUCUCUUUUUAUUGUCUGCAUAUUGAUGUUGCUAAGGAGGACACAUGUUGUUUCAGGUCUGAUGUCUUUCUCGGCUUUAUGAGUUUCAUUAGCAGGUAUUUAGCGGAACUCAGGUUAAAUUGCUUGUUAAAGCCUGAGCUCAUUAUAGCAACAGUCUCCAAGCACCUUUGUCCCCAGUGAAACUCAGUGCCUGGUACAGAUUAGUGCAAUAUUCUCCAUGUAUCAUAAUCACAAGAUUCUGUUAAAGGCGUUCUAGUAAAUUUAUGCUACUGUGUGUUUUUGUCAUGAGUAGGUGUAUCCCUUAAAGGUUUUAACUUGUUUUGAAUGAUGCAUGCCUGUGCAAAACUCACUGCCACAAUGAUGUUUGAGGAUGAGGAUGCUUGAUAUGUGUGGUUACUAUGGUGUUAAAGGUGGUUGACAGGGCAUUUGUAUGAGGUUAAGGUGUUUCUGAUUGGUUUUAGCAUGUUGCUAUGUGGUUGUCAGGGUGUUCUCAGUUUUUUGCUGUUGUUGCUAAAGUGUCCUCACUAUGCAGUUGCAAAUAUUCUAUGUAGUUGCUAAGCCAGCUUUAUUCAGCUUUAUUUCAAUUAAUGAAAGCUGUCAUUUUUAGCAGUUUUAGGUUGACUAUAACAACACUGGUUUUAGUGCACUGCUUUGCAGUUGCUAAGUUGUUGCUUUCUAGUCCAAGCUAAAAACUCUCACCUCCAAGUCUCUGUGAAAUUAUAUUCUCUAAAUAUAGCUCAAGUCCUUCCUUCAUUUGAAGUCUGUGGGAUUUGCCCAUUUUAUCAUUUGACAAGUAAAAAUAUAAGACUGAUUACUUGGAAAAAUAACCUUCUUCACCCCUCUUCUCAAUAAGCCACAUGAUUUGUGGUGUUAUUCACAUUUGCAGCAACUGUGCUGGACGAGUUACACACCAAAGCUUAAUACUCUAGGUUAUGGGUUUGUACAAUUCCAUAACAUUAACUAUGAGAAAAAGAUUGUGUUUGCCUUAGCAAACAUCAAUGAAGUGUCGCCAUGUCUUGCACUUGGUUUAUCUUUGAAGACUUAUCUUUUUGAGACAUCUAUGGCUUAUUUUAUAGAAGAACUCUCACAGUUUGUGCUGCAGUGUAAUUGGGGGGUGGGGGGGCAUCAACAACUUGAAUGAUGGUCAGCAGCCCUGCUGCAGAUAGGAAGUGCAGCAUGUAGACUCCUCUGACUGUGCUUUGCUGACGUAAGGCUGCUUCCUUGGUGGAGGAGGGGCGUGUAGAUCUGUUUAGUGCUGGUGCGUGAACAACAGGGGAGGGGAAAAGGAUUGUCGCCCAGCCUCCCUGCCCUCCACAGGCAGUUGAAUGAUCACAUCUGACAGCUCGGGUGGAAGUUGAACGGCUCAGAGCACUGGGUCCCCUGUAUCUACUCCUCCCCUGUGAGAAGCUCUCAGCCGGGUUCUCCGCACCAGAGUCUGGCAUUGGCUCUUUGUCAGCGCAUGGGGGUGCGGGCAGACGGACGACGUGAAUAUAUCAUGUACACAAUAGAGUGAACAAGUGCAGUACGACCAUGAAAGCUCAGCGGGAGAGGCUGAGGAUUCCAGGGUUGACAUUGGACCUCACUCCACGAAGCUUGAGCCCAACUCCCACAAGCCCUUGCAGCCCAUGCAGCCCGCUGCACGCAUUUCAUUUUUGGAGCUGCAGAACAAGCAACAGAAAAAGUUUAAUAGGGAGUGGACAGUCAUCAGCCCUUCCUCGACCUCACUCACCUCUGUCAUCACACACAGGCACCAGUCCACAAGACAGCCCUAGAAACUUCUCCCCCAGUGCUUCAGCUCAUUUCUCCUUCACACGCAGAACUGACGGGCGACGCUGGUCCUUGGCAUCCCUUCCCUCCUCUGGCUAUGGAACAAACACACCCAGCUCCACCGUUUCUUCGUCCUGUUCAUCACAGGAGAAGCUCCAUCAGCUGCCUUUCCAGCCCACACCAGACGAGCUCCACUUCCUGUCCAAGCAUUUCUACACAGAGAGCAUCACUGGAGAUGACCACAGAAGAGCCACACCUAUGCGGCCACGCUCCCGCAGUCUCAGUCCUGGAAGAUCCCCAUCAUGCUGUGACCAUGAGAUUAUCAUGAUGAAUCAUGUGUACAAAGAAAGAUUUCCCAAGGCCACAGCUCAGAUGGAGGAGCGCAUCAAGGAGAUCAUUCAAAGCAACUCCCCUGAGAACGUCUUGCCUCUGGCUGAUGGCGUCCUCAGCUUCGCCCACCACCAGAUCAUUGAGCUGGCCAGAGACUGCCUGGAAAAGUCCCGUCUUGGUCUCAUUACCUCACGAUAUUUCUGUGAGCUCACAGAUAAACUGGAAAGGCUCUUUCAGGAGUCAACUGAGCGAUCAGAGAGUGCAGAGGUGACCUUUAUCAAGGAGCUGGUAAAGAAGAUUCUCAUCGUAAUUGCCAGGCCUGCGCGUCUCCUUGAAUGUCUGGAGUUUGACCCUGAAGAGUUCUAUCAUCUCCUGGAGGCAGCCGAGGGUCAUGCCAAAGAGGGCCAAGGCAUCAAAACCGACAUCCCACGAUACAUAAUCAGCCAGCUUGGUCUGACAAGGGACCCACUUGAGGAAAUUGCCCAGUUAACUAGCUACGACAGUGGGAUUGCAGAAACUCCUGAGACGGAUGAGUCUGUCAGUUCCCACAGUUUGAGCGCAGCACUACGUUCCCGGCGCAAACCAUGUGAGCUCGACUUUGAGAUGAUCAAACUGAUCAGUAAUGGUGCUUAUGGUGCGGUGUAUUUAGUGAGACACAAAGAGACAAAACAACGCUUUGCCAUGAAGAAGAUCAACAAGCAGAACCUGAUGCUGAGGAACCAGAUCCAGCAGGCCUUUGUGGAGAGAGACAUCCUGACUUUUGCUGAGAACCCUUUUGUGGUCAGCAUGUACUGCUCAUUUGAGACUCGCAGACAUCUAUGCAUGGUUAUGGAGUAUGUUGAAGGAGGGGACUGUGCUACAUUGCUUAAGAACAUGGGUCCUCUCCCUGUGGACAUGGCCAAAUUGUACUUUGCUGAGACUGUGUUAGCCCUGGAGUAUCUCCACAACUAUGGAAUCGUCCAUCGAGAUCUCAAACCAGACAAUUUGUUGGUCACUUCAAUGGGACACAUCAAGCUGACAGACUUUGGCCUAUCAAAAGUUGGUCUGAUGAACAUGACCACUAACCUCUAUGAGGGUCACAUCGAGAAGGAUGCUAGAGAGUUCUCUGAUAAACAGGUGUGUGGGACUCCUGAAUACAUUGCUCCAGAAGUGAUCCUGAGGCAAGGCUAUGGGAAGCCUGUGGAUUGGUGGGCAAUGGGCAUCAUCCUUUAUGAGUUUCUAGUGGGCUGUGUUCCGUUCUUUGGGGACACUCCAGAAGAGCUGUUCGGCCAGGUCAUCAGUGAUGAAAUAAACUGGCCAGAGGGAGAAGAAGCUCCUCCAGCUGAUGCUCAGGAACUGAUCACUCUACUGCUCAGACAGAACCCUCUGGAGCGCCUCGGCACUGCAGGUGGGGCCUAUGAGGUCAAGCACCACCAGUUCUUUCACAGUCUGGACUGGAACAGCCUGCUGAGGCAGAAGGCAGAGUUCAUCCCCCAGCUGGAGUCUGAGGAUGACACUAGCUACUUUGACACACGAUCUGAUAGGUACCAUCACUUAGAAACUGAAGAGGAGGACGAUACCAAUGAUGAAGAUUUCAAUGUGGAACUGCGUCAGUUUUCCUCAUCUUCACACCGAUUCUCCAAAGUGUACAGUAGUCUGGAUCUGUCUCGAGGACAGCUGGAGGAGAAAGGAGAGCAGACAGAGAAGACAACAGACAGUCCUCUCACUGUUGACUCACUGAGCUGGACUCCAGACUUUACUGAGAUUCCCUCUCUCUCUCAUUCUUCUGACACUGAGAGCACCAGUUUGAGCAGAUGCUCUGGUCUUCUCCCUAAGUUUGCCAUCUCAGCAGAAGUGGAGGAUGGUGAGGGCUCCCUGUCUUUGGAAGACCCCAGUAAAGUGACCUUCAGUAUUGGGGAGUUGCCUCAGGAUGAGCCUGAUCCCACCACACCCUGUAGCACCAUCAGUAACUCCACCCUCUCAGGCAGUUUCUCUGAGCACCUAGAUCAGGUGCCGUCACGGGGAGAUGGAGGGGAGAGUCUGGACAGCUCCUGUAAGCCCUCCUCAGACAACGGCUCUUUCCUAACUGCUCCCAAACCUGAGGCCACGGACAAACAGUGUGCAGUCAGCAAAGUGCCAAAAUCAGUAUCUACCAGCGCCCUGUCACUCAUGAUCCCUGGAGAUGUUUUUGGUGUGUCACCAUUAGCAAGCCCCAUUUCUCCAUACUCGCUGUCAUCAGACCCAUCCUCUAGAGACUCCUCCCCCAGCCGAGAUUCCUCACUAAGCGGUGUCAGCAGUCGUCAGCCAAUCAUUAUCCACAGCUCAGGGAAGAAGUUUGGCUUCACUCUACGAGCGAUCCGGGUCUAUGCCUGUGACAGUGACGUUUAUACGGUUUAUCACAUGGUCUGGAAUGUAGAGGAUGGUGGUCCUGCUCACAAGGCUGGUCUUAAGGCUGGAGACCUGAUCACUCAUGUGAAUGGAGAAACUGUUCACGGGCUGCUUCACACUGAGGUGGUGGAACUACUGCUGAAGAGCGGAAGUAAAGUUGCUAUAUCCACGACCCCUUUUGAAAACACUUCCAUCAAAACUGGUCCAGCUCGAAGAAAUAGUUACAGAAGCAAAAUGGUGAGAAGAACCAAGAAACCUAAGAAAGAGAAAACACAAGAAAGUCACGCUUUUUUCCUCUACAGGCGGCGUUCUGUAUUCAAACGCUUUGCCAUGCAGCCCUCUCCACUUUUACACACCAGUCGCAGUUUCUCCUCGCUGAACCGCUCUCUGUCUUCAGGAGAGAGUCUGCCUGGAUCUCCCACACACAGCCUCUCACCACGCUCCCCCACAGCUGCCUUCCGCCCAACACCUGACUUCAACCAGUCAGGUGGAACUUCAUCACAGAGUAGCUCCCCCAGUUCCAGUGCACCUAACUCACCUGCAGGCUCUGGCCAUAUCCGACCCAGCACUCUGCAUGGCCUGGGUCCCAAACUACCUGGACGGCUCCGUCAGGGCCGACGUAAAUCAGCAGGGAGCAUUCCCCUCUCACCAUUAGCUCGCACACCCUCUCCUACUCCUCAGCCACAGCCAACUUCUCCUCAGCGCUCCCCAUCUCCCUUGCUGACUCACACUGUUGCAAGCUCCAAAACUUCUCAGGCCUUCCCUACCAAAAUGCACUCGCCCCCCACUAUUGUACGGCAUAUGGUGCGACCGAAAAGCGCAGAGCCUCCUCGGUCCCCACUCCUGAAGCGAGUCCAAUCAGAGGAGAAGCUCUCCCCUUCUUACGCUGGUGACAAAAAACAUUUAUGCACCCGAAAGCACAGUUUGGAGGUCACCCAAGAGGAGUCUCAGGGGGAGGCCUCAUCUGGAGGGGAGUAUACCCCACCAUGCAUAGAGGAAAGCACUUCUUGUGAGCCACCCACCAUUACUCGGGUGAGGCCUGCGGAGCAGGGUUGCCUAAAGCGGGCUGUCACUCGCAAAGUUGGCCGACAGGAGUCGGUAGAGGAGCUAGAUAGGGAGAAGCUGAAGGCCAAAGUGGUUGUGAAGAGGCAGGACUGGGCUGAGAGACGGGAGUCUAUGCAGAAACAAGACACCAUGCAAGAUGUGGAGGGAGCUGCUGCUGAGGAAAAGGAGUGGGGUGUCCUAACACGUCCCAGUGCGAGAACCCAGGUUUCUGAAUCUGGAUCCUUGGACAAGUCUACAAAUGCUACUUUAAAGGAUGUCCUCUACAAAAAACUAAACCCAAGAGUCUGUGAGAGCAUAGCAGAGUCUGUCAACACUGGGGACUGUGUAUCACUUUUAAGUGAGAAUGUGAGGUCACCUUCAUGUCAAUCAGAGCGACAAAUGUCUUGGUCAAUGAAGGAAGGUAAUAAACCAGAGAGGUUAGAUUUCAAAGCCUCCAACAUGGACUUUGCCAGGAAGAGGCAGUCCUUUGAGGAGAGGGAGGACUCUUUGUGCCGAAUAUCCUCUGGUGUUCAUGAAAGCAUUCAUUUUAAUACCACCAGGUCCAAAAGUCUUCAGCUGGAUUCUGCCUUGGCUUUAGAACAUGUUAAAGGGGGCAUGUGCAGCAUCCAUGGCACUUCUGAAACUUUGGCCCCUAAGCUUUUUAGUGGGAGAGGAGAGAGUGCGGUAGAAAAACUUCAGAUGAUUGCUUCUGAUGGCCCUAUCAGGAAGACCUCCUCUGAGUACAAAUUGGAGGGACGGCUUGUUUCCUCUUUAAAGCCACUAGAGGGCACCUUGGACAUUGGUCUGCUUUCUGGACCUCGGGUAUCCAAGACUGACACAUGUCUUUCCAAAAUGGCAGAAAGCCAUGGUGAAAGUACUAUAUUAGCAGAGGAUAUGUGUGUAAAACAGCCAAUUCAACAGAAAACCACAGAAAAACAGAAAGGUCCACAGGCAGGGAUGCCUGGGACACUUAACCAUAAAGACAAUGUGUAUUUGAGCAGUAAAACCAUUACAAAAGAAGAUCCCAUUUCCAAAAAGGACUCUACAGUAAAUCCAGCUUGCAAUGAGGCCCUACACGAUAGAAAUAAAACUGAUGGAAUGAAGUUACAGAUUACAACCAGUAAACUAGAGUCUAUAGACACAAGUGUGAAAUCUGAGAGUAGACUAAAGACAGCUCAGGAGAUGAGGGCUGCACGACAUAGCGCUCACUUUGCAUGUGGAAAAACGCCCUCCAUCAGAGAAGUCAGCAAUGAAGACCAGGAAGACGACAUGGAAAAUGUAGAGGAGACAUCUCCAAAGCAAAAUGAAACUCAACAGAUACAACCAGUCCUUACUAAAGUCAAUGAACCUGACAAGUCCCCUGUGUCUUCUGCUGUUAUUGCCCAACUCAACUUUGUCCAGCAAACCCAAGAAGCAGAUUCUGGCAAAAAUGGUAGGCUGAGUGAGACACAAACCAGUUUUCCCAGUUCAGCAUUGUCUACUGAGAAGGAUAGCAUAAAUAAAGACAAACCAGCCAAUGUAUACACCUCAGUGAUAAAACCGAUACAUCCAUCGAAAGAUGUUGCAGACAACGCAAUUGUGACAUCAAGCCCAACCUUGGCUGCAACCAAGACUCUGAUAGAUAGAAAGAAUAGGGCUGGUAGCACCAAAAACUUUUCUAACCUCAAUGCAGAGUGUCUUCAAGAUUUGAAUGAAAGCAAAUCAUCUACCAGAAUAAAAGGUUUAGACAAAAAUGUAGAGUCUGCAAUCAGAGAUAGAACUGAUUGCACACCAACCUCAGCCGCUGACUCAGGGCAGGCUAAACCAGAGAUCAAAGAAACAGCACCCACCCCUCAGAGUCUAUCUUUAACUUCUUCAGUCACAGCAUCUAUUGUGUCUUCUGUCUCAGCACUAGCAGAUGCCCCUAUUAUUAAAAGCUCAUUGUCUCCCAAGCCUACCCUUCAAGGAAAAGCCACUCCAUCCACCAUUUUAGCCCCACUGAAGACCAUGCCUGCUACUGAUUCAAAAUCCCAGGCCUCCACAAGCACCACCCCACAAUUUUCUGGGUUGGCUGAAGUAAAAAUUACCACCAUCCAACCUCCACAGUCUGAUCAGACAUGUGCCAAAAUUUCAAGCUCUGCUGGCUUGGCAAAUGGACAGGUAGCAAGUAUUUCAGCUCAACUCUCCAAACAAAUCUCAGACAGAACACAAAAUUCCAAUGUGUCAAGUGGUAGCAGAGAAUUCAGUGCGCAAACCCAUCAAUCUCAACUGGCCUUAAACAAAAAUCAACAAGCAGACAAGGUAAAUCCGGUGGAGGCAAGUAGCCAACUCAAUUUAAUGGUAAAUCUUAAAACCCUGCCAACAUGCGGAGACAAAAUGGACUCGAGAGAUAAAAUAGCCCCUAAAACGGACUUCAAAUGCAGUGUGACUGAAAAGAUUCCCUGUGCCCCUAACCCUAACUCUUCAGGCAAAGCUGAAGUUUCAAAAAACUGUGAAAAGCAAGAAGCCAUCUUCAGAAGCCAAGUAAACAUGAAUAUCACAUCAAAGGACACAGGUGCAAGCUCACCAAAGACUAGAAGUUGUGACAUUUCAACAAAAGACACUGUGCAUGUGCAAUCCACAGUGAAAACAGAGGAAAAGCAGAAAUUCAAAAGUGUUUCUGACAUAGACACCCAGAAGGUUGAUAAGCAAGUUAUGGACACGUCCAUGACAGGGACAAGUCCAGCACAGACUGCAGUAAAACAGACACAACAGUCUGGUAGUGCUAUAUUGAAACAAACACCUUUAAGUUCCAAAAACAAGCCCAGAGUAGAUUCUCCACUUGUUACGCAAUCAAUUGGGAAGGCUGUUGAAGAUAAGGGAAAGCAGGAAAACAGAGCACAGCUACAGCCCAUUGUCAAGGACAACAUAGUAAAUCCAAAGGAGCUAAGAGAGUCAGUCUUAUCUACGACUAAAUCCCAGCCUCAGAAAGAGACCCGCACUGCUUCUCAAGGUGGGUCCCUGCCAGUGUUGCCAGUUCCAGCUGUUAAAAUCCAUGUAUCUAGUGGGCUUCCUCCUGGUAAGGGCAAUGCUGCUGUAGUUGAAACACCUGGACCUUCCUCAAAGGAACCAGUAAAGUCCAGAAUUGACGUUCCAAGAUCAGAGUCUCUCAAGUGCUCCAUCACAAGUGAUCCUGUAGGGAUGACUACAACUACUAUAUCCAGUCCUGACACUAAACAUGUCACCAGUGAGUCAAAGGUGUCUGACAAACCGAUUUCAUCCAACCGAAAAGAGCAAGUAGAAAAGAAGAGAAAGGAACCCACUCAAGAUGCAUCGUCAGCUCCCAAAAAUAACCGUAAAGACUCAUCAAGAGGCAUGCCUUUGGCAAAGGAUAAUAAUACUUUUGAAAAAGAUUCAGUCCGUUCUAAACAAACAAAGGAUCCGCCACGUGGUUCAACUUGUAAAAAGUGAUGUAUUGUAUUGUAGUUGCCAAGCGUAUAAAAUUUUAAAAGGACUAAGGAUGUAAACUUAAUUUUUGUCUAUAUGUAAUAUCUUUAAGCCUUCCUAUCUGAGGACCGGUAAAGCUGUUACUUUGGGUUUUCAUGAGAAACCAGAGAAAUGAAUUUGUUUGUUUGUGUUGUGAUCUAUAAAGCUUUGUUAAUAUUAUGUCUAAAAAAAGUGUAGUCUGAAUGUUGACAUGUUUUGCUGCUGAUUUGUGGUCACGUUUUAGAUCUUGCAAAAGCGCCAAAAGUAGACAUUGUAUUGUGUUGCGGUGUGAUGUAACAAGUGGCGUGUGCAAUAACUGUGGAGAUGGAGUGUAGAUGCCUUUUUUAGGGCUUAAAUGAACUGUGCCAAUCCUGGAGUAUAAUUAUACCAAACAAAAAGCACCUCAAAUUUAGAGCUGAAGGUGCAUGUUAACUGACUGUGUUAAAAAAAAAAAAAUUUAAAAAAAAGGCUUCACGCUCAUUCAAGCUAGCGUUAUCAUGCAUUUUAUUGGUUUUUGAUGUAUUUAAAAACCACUAGGAAAGUAUAUGUAGCAAUGGUGCUAUUAAUAUGGCUUACACUCUGCAAGUAGAACAGAUUACUACAAUUUCUUUUCUAUUUUUUGUGUGAACUGUUUUUUUUUUGUUGUUGUUGUUGUUGUUUUUUUGUUUUUUGACCUUAUCAGCAAAGUUUUGUUUUGGGUAGUGGUGCACAGAGGGAAUGCACUUUGUCCUGUGCUUCUCACCUGGAACUAUUUUAUAUUGGAAUCAUCUUAUGGUUCUGGAAUCGUAGUGGAAGGGGCCUUAGAGUUUUUUGGGGGAAUAUGACUUGCUGUUCUUAGCAGGUCAUGGCAAAAUUCACAUUCCUUUCCCAUGCAUUUCUACAGAUUAAUUUUUAUGCAAUAUAUUGUAAAUACAGCAGCAUUAAUUGUACAGAGGGGUUAGUUGAAAAUGAGUGUUGUAUGUUUUAUAUGUAUAUAUUUUGCUAUGUCAUAUGUUUGUAUACUGUACUCAAUGUUAGUCGCUAGUGAUGUCAUCUGCUCAGUAAUUGUGCUGAUAUAGAGUCUAAACUAGCAGAAUAAUCAUAGUCUCACUCUGAAAUGAAGUGUACUUGAAGUUUCACUGAGGUAUGUAGGGGUUAACCACAUGCAUUUUCAGAUAUGUAUUUUAAGUGAUGCAGCAGAGUUGUUUUCUGAAUGUUCGUACUUGAUGCCGCUUGAAAUCAUGCAUUUACAUUAAAACAGGGACAAGGCAGAUGUAGAACUUUAUAUAAAAGGCAAGUUUCAGAAACUAAAGGAUUACCCCAUGAUUAAGGAUUGUCACUAUGUAGAUUAUUUACAAUCUGUUUUUCAAAAAAAGAAAUAUGUCAAGCUUUUAGGGCUAACAUUUCCCAUUUGGCGUACAAGAACACGAUGUACUUCCCCUGGUUUGGUUUAAAGGGCUUAUACAAGGAUAAUCAAAUGUGCUUUUGCAACAUGGCAUUAUGGUAUGUCAGGGCUUGUGGUAAAAGUCAGGAGUUUCAGUGCAUGCUCGUUCUUCAUGUCCAGUCAGUUUCUAACAUAUUCAUAUGCAAAGUACAACACUUAUAAAUGGGGAUUGUGUAAUACUUUACUAAAUGCAUUUGUGCUAUUAACAUCUCUAGUCAUGCAGUAGGACUAAUAAGUGCUUUUCCUGCACUUUUUACCUUCGAGACCUUUCAAAGCUCUUUUUCCUUUUUCCUCGUUCCCAAACAUUUAAAAGCAUAUUUGUCACAGUUACGCUUGAUUUGAUCUUUAGGCAGUUGCAUAGUGACCACUGAAGGUUAGCAUCAGAACAGAGGAGUGGGUGAAUUAUGUCUUUUGAUAUUUGGUCUUAACUUUAAAUCUGCUAUAGCUCUAUGGUAUGUAUACAUCACGUACCAACUUAAAGUAAAACAACUGUAUAUUUAGGUCCAUUUCAGUAUACUUAUCUAGGCUAUAUUACAGUAUGAUAUUGAAGUAUUCACAAUUAAUGUUUUAUGUAAACAGAGCACUAUAUAUAUAUAUAUAUAUAUAUAUAUAUAUAUAUAUAUAUAGACACACAUGUGCAUAAUUACCUAAAUAACAAUACACCAUGUAAAGAUCUAAUAAAAUAAAAUAGCCAAUUCAAAGUUGAUUGUAGAGAUUUUAAACCAUAUUAGCAUUGAAGUUUCUGUUCCUCAUAGACUUUACAAAUGUAGUAGAGGUCUGAAGAGAUACAAGGCACCUUAAGAUUAAAAACACAACACUUAUUGGGGUUUUGAAGCUAAUGUAAUAUUAACUUUAAUGAUCAAAUAUGAAUGUUUUAUAGGACACACAUGCAUUGUCUGUUCUCAAAUAUCAAUAAUAUUGCUAUGAAUUAAACCCAUUUAUUUUGUUUGUAUUUCUUUUUCUUACCCCCCCCCCCCCCCCCUUCAUUUUCUGACAAUUAAUGUUUGAAUCCUUAAAGAAGCACAUUAAAUGCUUGUUUACAACUUCUUCAUGGAUGUAUAUUUUGUACAUUUGUGUUAUUUGCCAAAUUAAUGUGCUACGUCACAGGCAGUUAUGCUGUGAUCGCCGUGCGUGUGUGAGUUCCUCUUCGCGGACACUUGCUGUUGAAGACCGUCGGUGUGGUAGCCUAAUUGUUUGUUGUCUUUCCAGUUCAGUAUGUUCUUGCUUGUUUCCUGGGGUUUUCUUUCCUCUCUCUAUGUGUGAAAACAGUGUUUAUGUAGAUGACUCUGCUUAUCAUUGUCUUUUAGGAUCUGUGCAAUAAAAGAUGUGGUUUUGAGUUUUGUACAUCACCCACAGAAAGCUCUAUGGAUGUCAUAGAUGUUGUAUACUAUAGAAAUAUUUAUACUUCUAAAGUUGUAUAAUACUGAAAAUAAAAAGGCAUGUCAAAAUUA